GCCCUCCAAUCAUUUCUAACUUUCGCAUUAAAAGCUUUCACGCUCGAAACCCUCGCGACGUCCGCCAUUUCUUUCACGGACCAUGUGAACACAGGAGGAGAUCAAUGAUUUCCUCUCAAUUUCUCCUUUCAUAACUUCCUCUUUAUCAAUAGUUUAUAGAAUCAAUGGAUGAAGAAAUGGAGGAUUUCAUUGUAGAAUGUUCGGACGUCGUAUUCGAAAUCGACUCGGAAUAUGAGUUUGACGCCUCUAGGUUCUAUGAUUUCUGCCGGCCGGAAUCAACUUCCGAAGCCGAGGAAGCCGAGCGAUGGUUUCAAACGGCCAGCACUUAUCCGCCUUCUCCUCUCAUUAUCAAGUUAAACCUGGGGAAAGAGAUUACAGCAGGAAACUCAAAUGGUUGCUCAAGGUUACAAGAAGGGAAAAUGGCAAAAUCAAAAGGCAACAACUCAUACAUUCCUGUUGGUUCUGAAGUUUCGCCCUCCAAAUCGAAAACUAAAGGAACUAUAUCCAAAGGUCAAACGACUCGUGAAAUUUGCAAGACAAAGCCAGAGCCAAGAUCUUCAACAUCAAGAGGUUCAACUUUAAUGAAGCCCACGGCUAGUCAUUUGGCUAAACAGAAGUUUCAAAAUGCAUCUAACAAGACUGAUGUGACAAGCUCAACGAAUUCUUUGGCAUCCGAAAUUAUUGCUACCAAAAGGCAAAAGCUAGAAAUCGGUUAUCUACUUAAGAUUGCUCACUUGAAGCAUCAACGUCUACUAUCUCACAAGAUAUCCAAGAAGGAUACCUCAUCCAUCUCUAUCUCGGCACAUCCCAAAUCUAAAGUUACUGUUCCUAGAGAACCUGAACUGGAAACUCUUCAGAGGGCACAAAGGCGAAGGUGCAACAAGGACUCAAACUCAAGUGAAAUCACGAAAGCCAAAACCCAAAUGCUUAAAUCACAGUCCUUGAACAGAAAUAUCCUCAACACUCCUACAUUACCUCCUCUCAGAAAGACUAGAGCUCCGUUGCCUGAGUUUCGUUUAUUUAACUCUCUAAAUGCCGAUUCUGCCGCACAAAAUGCUUUAGUGGACUUUAAAAGACCAAACACUCAAAAUGCUGUGAAUUCAGGAAAAUCUGUUACAUCCCUCAAGUCAAGAUCACAUAAAUGUAACAAGAUAUUUCCAAGUAGGGAAGAUAAUGGCAUAGGUGAAGACAAUGGACAAGAAAGUACAUACUCAAUGGAAUCCAAAUCCAUACUUGAUGAGAAACUUUCGGUGCAUCCGCCAAUUGAACUGUUUAAUAAGUUGUCCCUUAGAUCUGAAAAGGAAACAUGUGAAGUGUCUAAGCCAAAAAAGAAUCCCUCAGCAAAGGAGUUGAAGGAGAAUACUCCAAAUUGUUUGCAGAUUAAAUUUCGGAAAUGUGUUGGAAAGACAAAUCAGUGUGCGGCAGAGAGGGGCAAUGACAGGUUUGGACUUCACUCCAGCAUGAACAGCUUGAGCCAUUUGUUUGAAACUAAGUUUGAUUUUAAUCUGGCUUUUGCACGUCUACGCAUGCCUUAG